CUAACUGGGAGCCACCAGGGGCCCUCCUUACUUUAACAGGGCAGUCUGUGCCUUUUAGGUGACGGCGAGCUGUGUAACAUGAGGCGGGAUGAAAACUGUGCGCUGGAUCCGGCUGCCAGUGCAGAUGCUGGUCGCCAAAGAGAGAGAGGAGGUGCAUGAUGGACCCCGUCCCACUGCUCCUCAUCAUUGUCACAUCUUUGCCAUUUUGCUCGGCAGUCUACACCGGGCCCCUCCAACCGGAGAUCUCCAACGGCACCUUCCAUCACUUCUUUGUCCCGGACGGGUACUACGAAGAGACCGAAGACCCGGAGCUGUGCCAGAUGCUGUUUAAAUUCUCGGACGUGUAUCCAUGUGGGGCCUACGAGGAGCGCGACUCCGUGGUGCGGGACGACUUCAUCAUCACCAAGCUGCAGGCGGAGGACGCGGCGCGGCUGCUGGAGAGCAUCGACCGGACUGUGGCGCACGACCUGGACGGAGAGGACAGCUACGGCAAGUUCCUCCAGCGGGAGAUCUCCCAGAUCAGCGAAGCUUUUUCAAACGUGGACAAGUCGCUGCUGGAGCUGGAGGUAAAGUUUAAGCAGAGCCAAGAAAGUGAGCUGAGAGAGGAGCAACAGUUGAACGGCUAUGUAGUGAAACAAGUGAGCGACAUCAGGGACGCGCUGAGGGAAACCACUGCCGUCUCUCUGGGACUUAAAGAUAAACACGAGCUGCUGUCUCUCAUUAUUCGCAGUCAUGGCACUAGACUGAGCCGCCUCAAGACUGAGUAUCUUAAUUUUGGCUCAUAGUGGGUUUUAUGGCAGCUCAGUGGGUUUGUGUGUGUGAGUUCUGUGUGAGAGAGAGCGAGGGAGAAAGAGAAAGAGAGAAAGGACCCUCCAGUUCCAUAAAAAAAAACUGGAAAGCUCAUUGUGGCCUAUGAAUACCCUUCCUAAGUAUUUGAAUAUCUCUGACCUCUCGGUUAUUCCCAUUCCUUGGAACUUGUGUCAUUAAAGGGAGCUCUAACAAAAACAUCUACACAUUCCUCCGAGUCAGGAGGGAAAAAGGAAAUGUGAACAUAAAUUACACCCUCUGUGCCACUUCUGAGGAAGAAUUUUAUUCACUAGACAGUAUGAAAAUAACAUUCCCCCAGUUGGAUUUAUUGGCUUCCGGAUUAAUGAAACAGCCAACUUUCUGUCUGUAUGGUUUUAAGAAUGAUGUUCUCAAUUUUAGGUUAUUAUAACUGAUCAAAUAAAUACUUCAUUUUCAUCA